CUGUAUUGUAUGUAUCCAUCACACAGUGUCUUUAUCCUGUCAGCAUUUAAUGUUAUCUCUUUGCUAGGAAUGUAGCCGCGAAGGUUAAUUAACCAUAUUAGGACUUCCUAUUCUUACAUGUGUUAUGGCUUUCUCGACCAUCUGUCUCUCCCAUGAAUUCUCUCAGAAACCUCCGUAUACCUAAUAUUAUAGGCUAGAGAUUAUACCAAAUAUUUGAGUGACGGAAGGAGGGGUGCAACCCCCCCCCCCCCCUAUAUUAUGUGCUUACGGACUACUGAAUAAACUAGAGUGAAUUUGACCAGACAAACUGUUGUUACGUGUUAUUUCUGGUAGAUUCAUUCUCCUGGAUCCAGAUAAAGACUUAAAUCAAGCUAACCACCGAAGUUCGGUACCAGGGGUACCUAGAUAAGAUCAGAUCUCCUUACAAUCUGGGGGCUCAGUCCGGGGUCGAGAAAGUCAUCCCCGGAUCCGUAUGAGGGAUAUCUGUUUUAUCCUCUGGCUGAUCCGAGGGCACUGACAGCGUCUCGAUCCAAGAACCAACUCACCCAUUCCGGGUAGGAGACCAGGUGAUUGUCAAGGCCCUCCAGAAGGGAAAGAAGCCGGGGAGCUUCAUCUACGGACAACCCACCGAGGUAGUCACCAUCACCAGAACAGCAGUCCUUACAGAGCAGUCACCCACCUGGAUCCACACCACAAGGAUCAAGCUGUUAAAGAAAAGAGAGGUACUAACGGAGGCAGACAGCCUUGACCUCGAAAAAGGCGGAAAAGGGGUACAAACGGGGGCAGACAGCCCUGACCCCCAACUAAGCGAAAGUCUCCAUGAGUUCUGGCAGUUAAUUGACAAGAAUGACACCCCAAAUCAUACUGAUAACAAUCUCAUUGACUUUUCUGACAUGUAGUGACACGGAGAGCUAUAAGCAAAAUUACAAGCAGCAGAAUCCUCUAAUACCCCACACCAUGGCUUUCAAGAAUAAAAGAGCGGUAUCUGAUUCAACAUAUGAGGACACUUUAGCAAUGGAAACAGGAGUCUCAGAUGCCAAUCUUUGGGUAGAAUGGAUGAAAUACACAGCAGCUUCCAUCAAUAAAAGUAAUUGUUAUAUUUGCGGGACUGCGAAACCACAUUUGGGUACGGUGCCAUUCACGCUUCCCUCAAAUAUAGAAAAAUGUUUUUUAAAUCUUUUCAAGAAUAUUUCUAAUAAUGACACAGAUUGUGGAACCUGGAAAAUGAAAUACCCUUUGCUAACAGAGACCCCACACUCAGGGGCAGGUAUACACAUAUACCCAGGGAAUUACACAUGCUAUAGGGGAGAAAAGGAAGGUGUCAAUAGAAAGAACUCUACAAAGAGAUAUUGUGCUAGUUAUAGCUCUGUAGAAGUGUCACUCACUCAGAACCAAGUUUUUUCAAUAGGUGACAUUUACUGGAUCUGUGGCGAUGGUAAAAUAAGGUUCAAGCUAGAGGGCAAGUGGAAAGGAGAGUGUGCUCUAGCUAAAGCCAUUAUGAACAUUCACAUAUUCACAGAAGGGGGAGAACACGUAAACUCUGCCACAAAAAGGAUAAAGAGGUCAACACCUGCAGGUAGCUUCGAUCCACAUGUAUACAUAGACACAAUAGGGGUCCCAAGAGGGGUCCCUGAUGAGUUCAAAGCCAGGAAUCAAGUCGCUGCGGGCUUUGAAUCUAUUCUUUCUAUAAUCACUGUGAACAAAAAUGUAGACUGGAUUAAUUACAUUUACUAUAAUCAACAAAGGUUUGUAAACUACACAAGGGAUGCGUUACGAGGUGUUGCAGAGCAGCUCCAAGCUGAUUCAAUUAUGACAUUUCAGAACAGAAUGGUCUUAGAUAUGAUUCUGGCAGAAAAAGGUGGGGUGUGCAAAGUGCUUGUGGAUCCUACAUCAUGCUGCACCUUCAUACCCAACAACACUGGUCCCAAUGGGAAAGUAACUAUUGCAAUACAAAAGUUAGAGGACCUGUCUGCCGAACUAAAAAAGAACUCAGGUAUUACAGAUCCCUGGGGUCAAUAUUUUGGAUGGUUUACUAACUGGAAACAUGAUUAACACAAUUAGCCAUUAUAAUUUUUGUAAUCAUUAUAGUUAUUGCUGCAUUUUCUCUAUGUGUGAUACCAUGUAUUAGGAGGUUGCUACGGCCACAUUUUACCAGGCCUCGCCCUCAUUGGCUAAUGAAGACACUACACCCAGUGGAUACAUGCAAUACCUAAAACUCUACAGAGAAAGGAAGUUAAAAAAAGGAGAACCGUAUAGUAUAAAAUAAUAUAAGGUUCUAAGAGGGGAUUGAAGGGGUUACUGUAUUGUAUGUAUCCAUCACACAGUGUCUUUAUCCUGUCAGCAUUUAAUGUUAUCUCUUUGCUAGGAAUGUAGCCGCGAAGGUUAAUUAACCAUAUUAGGACUUCCUAUUCUUACAUGUGUUAUGGCUUUCUCGACCAUCUGUCUCUCCCAUGAAUUCUCUCAGAAACCUCCGUAUACCUAAUAUUAUAGGCUAGAGAUUAUACCAAAUAUUUGAGUGACGGAAGGAGGGGUGCAACCCCCCCCCCCCUAUAUUAUGUGCUUACGGACUACUGAAUAAACUAGAGUGAAUUUGACCAGACAAACUGUUGUUACGUGUUAUUUCUGGUAGAUUCAUUCUCCUGGAUCCAGAUAAAGACUUAAAUCAAGCUAACCACCGAAGUUCGGUACCAGGGGUACCUA